AUGGGGAACGCACACGCAAGUCUGGACGACAUCCUCGCUGAGGACAUGCACCACUGGUACAACAAGUUUAUGCGGGAGUCUCCAUCAGGCCUCAUCACACUUUUUGAGCUCAAGUCCAUCCUGGGACUGCAGGGCAUGACUGAGGAUGCUAACAGCUAUGUUGACCAGGUGUUCUUCACUUUCGACAUGGAUGGGGAUGGAUACAUAGAUUUUGUGGAAUACAUCGCUGCUAUCAGCUUAAUGCUCAAGGGGGAAAUCAACCAGAAACUCAAGUGGUACUUUAAACUUUUUGACCAGGAUGGCAAUGGAAAAAUUGACAAGGAUGAAUUGGAAACAAUAUUUACUGCCAUACAAGACAUCACAAGAAAUCGAGACCUCGUGCCGGAGGAAGUAGUGGCUCUUAUAUUUGAAAAAAUUGAUGUUAACGGAGAAGGUGAACUGACACUGGAGGAGUUCAUUGACGGAGCCAAAGAUCACCCUGAUAUUAUGGAUAUGUUGAAGCAACUGAUGGACCUCACUCCAGUCCUGGUCAUUAUAGUCGAAGGGCGACAGAAACCAAUAAAGAGUUAGGCUGGAUAAACUCUAUCUUAAAGACAGAGAAACCAGAGAAUUCUCCAUCUGUUUGAGCAGAUGCAGCUUCCCACCACACCUGAGUGACUUCCUCGACAGAAAAUCAAAAGGGGAACUUGGACUUUUGCCCAAGCAAGGAGCUGUCUGACCCCAUUGGAGAUACCUUGCAUCCGAGCUGUCCUCAGCUGAACAUUGAUCUUCUAAUGCUAUAAGGGAGACUAAGGAACUGCUGGCAAUGCUUAAGGAGUGAGCAAUGUGGGGCUUUUUAAGGAAAGGCUCAGUGAAGAACACUGAGCACAUGUCUAGUGACCUUCAUUGGGUGAGCACAUCCUAUAAUCCAUGAACUGUUUAUGGCAUCGCUAUUGCUCUGAGAGUGAACUCAGACAGUGAGACAGUCCAUUGCCGACGUGGCCUGAAUUGCCCUUGAAACUGUGAAAUUAAAUUAUAUAGAGCAGUGGUUCUCAAUUGUUUUACGCUGGACAUCAAAUAGCAACCAACACAGAACAAAAAUAGUUUAUUGAGCAAAAUGUACCCGUUAACUAUAAUUUCUGUAAAAUAUUGUAUAUGACAAGGAACUGAAUAGGCUGAAUAAUUAACACAAAUUAAAUUUACACAAUAUUUGGCAACAAAAUGUUGACAUAAACAUCAUGUUAAAUUAUUAAUUAUGUUAAAAUUAUGUUAAAGGAAUUAGUGCCUGUUUAUUUUGCUGUCCUCGACCCACCAGAACAGACCCAAGACCCAUUUCUUUUUUGAAACCCACCAGUUGAGAACCACUGAUACAUCACCACAAAUAAAACUUUACUGAAGGAAAGUAUCAAAAUUACCUGAUAAACGUUAGCUGAUGCAGUAGGUGCACAAAUAAUAAUUCAUUACAUUCAUUUCUACACAUCUUUUUAGCUGAUAUAAACAUAGCUGUCAAAACAGUAAAACUAAAAGUUUUAAAAAUUAUUAACUGCAUAUUCAGACUUCUAUAUACUACCAUUUAAAUGUUUGGGUUCAGUAAGAUUUUUUUUUUCAUUUAUUUAUUUUUUUUAAUCACAAAAAAAAUUAAACAACACGGCAGUUUUCAAUAUUGCUAAUGAUAGGUAAAAGUAUCAAAUCUGCAUAUUAGAAAUGUUCCAGUAUCAUGUGACACUUAAAACUGAAUUAAUGCAAAAAAAAAUUCAGCUUUGCAUCAGGAAUGAAUUAUACUUUAAAAAGCAUUGAAACAGAAAACGGUUACUAUAAACUGCAGCCUAUAAAUAGCAAAUUAAAAAAAAUCUUACUGACUUCAAAACUCUAUAUUUUUAAUGCGCGUAUUUAAAAGUAUAUUUAAAUGUAUAUAUGUUGCUGCUUAGAGGUCUGCAUGGGUUUGUGUUUUGAGUCCUUUGGAUAAGCCUUGCAUUGAAAAACACAGGCAAAUCACAAAGUGGGUCUAAAAGUGCUUUUACUCUCGAAAAUAUUUGAACAGCAUCACUAAUAUGUCUGUCAAAACAUUAGGCUUGUUCUUUUAGCACUAAAUUCUAAUUGUUUAACCAUAGCAUAGAGUAUGGUUAACGCUUAGUGAGACAUUGUUCGGUUGAAAGCACAUCAGAGAUCGGGGGCCUUGUUUAUAAAAUGAUGUUUAUUUUUAAUUUAAGACCAUUCCUCAGAUAUGCAUAUGUGCGAACAAGUGUAUAAGUGCACAUAAAAAGUGCACGAACCUGAAGUGACACUAAGCACUUUCACACAUCAGUGAUCAAUUAAAUCAGAUCAUUGUGUAGAUUGUGUGUUAUAAAUGAGGUCUCAGAUCUGAGGCAGUAAGAUGGGAUUUCUUCAGCAUGAUGUGGUAUCCCUGACUGUUUUUAUUAUAUUGAGUUGGCACCUUCGCAAGAAGACAAGUGUGAAUUGUUUAUGAUUUCUUUGUUUUCUAAAUAAUGUCUAUAAUGGAAGCCACAAAUGCUCAAUAUGAAGCGUUGAGAUUAUCGUUUUCAAACCCUGCCUAAAAUGACGAAUCUCUGUAUUUGAUGAUUUGAACUCUAGAAAUGAGAUAUAAUCUUUACAUACUUAGGUAAUAUGUCAACUGGUAUGGAAUAUUUAUGUUGCCUUAUUAAUAAAAUGCUUUAAACAAACCAAUGUUUAAAAGCAGGUUCUUUUAGUUUUAUUUGUAUAUUUUUUGCAGUAUUUAUUUAUAUUUUGAAUUAGCUUUUUUAUAUAUAUAUUUUCUUUUAGGUAUAUGCUUUUAUAAUUUUAUUCGCUUUUGUAGUAUUUUUUUGUUUGUUUGUUUUUU